AUGAAGCAAGGUGUAUAUGAAGUAGGUACCUUUGGUACUGUAUCGAUUUCUACCCUUCAUCCUUCGUCCGCUACUACCGUUUGCAACCAACAUGAGGUUAAAAGUGGGCGUGCAUUCGCAACUGUGACCGUAUUUGACAAGUUACCAUGUACUGGGGGCGGUAUACGUGAUGUAUACAUACUUAAUGAAGUUUACCUAACGUGGCGGACGCAUUUGGACGUGCCUGCUAAGCGUAUUGACCUGGUAAGCUUAGACGCUAUUAGGCAUCAUAUGUAUGCUGCCAAAAGCCGAUUUAAGAAGUGGGUCCCACCAAAACAACCUAAGCCGCCCAAGGUGCUCUCUAACGUUGAGCAGAUGACUCUAGGAAGGAUACCUGUCCAUGAAGGCUGUACAGUGAUUGAACGUGUACAGGCUUCACAGACACAUCGUGCAAGUAUUCUGAGUGAUCCAACGAGAAACAAUGAUGUACAGUCACCUCAGCAUAGCACUUCGGUGACUGCACCGACAUGUUCACUGGCAUCCAAUGUAUCUGAAGGUCGACGUCCAGUAGUGGAGUCAUUACAUAGUAAUGAACAGCAUAGUACGCAAUUACUACUAAAUCUAUCUGGCAGAGUAAGCGUUUCGGCCACGCAAGAUCCUUUGCUAAACACUCAAUCUGCAUCGGCAAGUGGUCCAGGGAUAAAUCUUGACAUUCAUUUGUAUCCUCGGGGAAUGGUACAUAACGACGUACAAGUGAACAAUCCAAUACUUCUUGCCACGCCUGCUGCAUCUUCAAGUACAACACAAACUACAAGUAGAGUACCAACAACACAGACUACAAGUAGAGUAACACCAACAACAGAUACACAAUCUAUUACACGAAUGGCACACUCUUCGGCUAAGGAAGUUAAUGGAGACCAGAGACGUCGUCAACCUGCGGUGAUCACAAGGGACAUUGGACUGAACACUUGUACCGCUUCCUGA